CAUUGUCAGGUGUUUACAUGCCGAUAACAAUAAAAUAAAUCUUAUGUCAAUUUUACACACAAAACUAACUUAAUUAUUAAACUUUAUGAACAAAAAAUAGAACAAUAUACUUAGCUAAAUUUACAAUAUGUUAUUUUGUAUAUUGUGAUGAAUUCUUGUUGCGGUAACGAGUUAAUGUUCGGUUCUGUUGUAGACGAAAUAGUGUCGACUUAUAAAGAUCAAAUUUUAUAUUUACUUAGUUAUUUAAAAUAUUUUAGCAAUAAUUUCGGCCCUCUAAUAUUUAUUAUCGUUGUAUUGGUAUCCGUAAUCAUUAUAAGCGUUAAGUUUUCGACGCGAACACACAAAACCAAAUACUAUAAAAAGUAAAAGUAAUGCAAUCAUUUCAAGUGUGUGAGAUCUGAGCGGAACUCUGGAAGGGCGAGUUUCGUCGCGUCAGCAUCAGCAGCGAGCGGGGAGGCGGUAUCCCCGGGCCCGGCGGCCGAGGACGCCGCCAUGAAAGGCGUCGAAGCUACACCCGAAGAACAGGAGAGAUUAGCGACCGGAAAUAACAAUGGCUCUCUCGUCGCGAAGCUGCCGCCGAGGUCACAGCAGGCGCAUCCGCGCUCUGCUUUUUACUCGACUCGAGUUUUCAUGCUGGUCUUCCUGUCGGGCUGGGUGCUCCAGGGAAUGUUCCUCACGUAUUUCGUGAGCGUGACGACUACCCUAGAGAAGCUAUAUAAAGUUGAAUCGAAGACGACAGGAACUUUACUGGCCGCUACGGAGAUCGGACAAAUAUGUACGGCGUUAUUCUUGACGUACUUAGCGGGGCGCGGACACAGACCGCGCUGGAUCGCCUGCAUGAUGAUGGUGCUGGCCGUGGGUGUGAUAGGGUGUGUCAUGCCGCACUUACUGUACGGCACCGAGCUGCUGAAUGUCCACAUAGACGGUCAGAUAGCCGGCGCGGCACCCCUAUGCAACGUCUACAACAACUUCACGUUGUGCAACUCCGAUCAAAUUAAAGUGACGGAAACGCGCUCAUCUAUAACCGCCGUCGUGAUACCGUGGCUCUUCAUCUGUCUCUUGGUAGUUGGCGUGGGACAAACCGGCAUCGCAACGCUCGGAAUACCUUACGUCGAUGACAACGUAGGCAGCAGACAGUCCCCUCUUUACAUGGCUAUCACGAUUGGCAUCAGGGUGAUCGGACCGGCGCUGGGAUUCAUGCUCGGUGCGUUUUGCACGAGGGUCUACGUCAAUCCUCUAGUCGAUCCAGGAUUCGAUUCCAGCGACCCAAAAUGGGUCGGCGCAUGGUGGCUCGGAAUGGUGUUCAUCGCCGGUUUCAUCGUGAUGCUAUCGUGUCUGAUGUUCUUCUUUCCGCGUCAGAUCAAACCCGAACCGAUCCAAUUGCAGAUGAAGAAGACCAAAGAGAAGCGAGAGCCGUUUGUCAAAGAUUUCUUCGCGGCCAUCAAGAGGCAGAUUACGAACGACAUUCUGAUGUGGAGGACAGCCAGCUCCGUGUUGCAUCUGAUGCCGAUCAGUGGAGUUUACAGUUUCCUACCCAAAUAUUUGGAGAAGCAGUUCCGACUCCCGACACACGAUGCCAAUCUUGUGUCUGCUCUCGGUGGUAUCCUGGUGAUGGGACUCGGUAUAAUAACGUCGGGAGUUGUCAUAUUGAAGCUUGUACCGUCCGCAAGACAGGUGGCCGCUUGGACUGCAGCCACAGCCGCCAUUUAUAGUGCCGGCAUGGUGGCGCUGAUGUUCGUGAGUUGCCCAGAGAAGAGUUACCGGUACCUGAGCGCGGCUUCCGACAGCGCCCUGCCCUGCAGCAUGGCGUGUCACUGCGAGAACGCCUCCUUCAGCCCCGUCUGUGGACAGGAUUCUUACACGUAUCUCUCGCCCUGCCAGGCCGGCUGCAUGGGAAGCAUGCAGCUCGACAACAAUACAUUCUUGUAUUAUAAUUGUUCGUGUAUCAACGGAAGUGCGACAACCGAUCUGGGGAAGCUGUACGAUCUGCACAAUAGAACGUUCCAGGAGCUGGCCGCGCCCGAGGGGUACGCGGUGAGCGGGGAGUGCGGGGUGCCGUGCUCGCAGAUCUACGUCUUCAUCGCCAUCUUCGCGGCCAUCAUGUUCGUGCACGCCAGUGGAGAGGUCGGCGCCGUGCUGCUCAUCAUCCGCUGUACCGACAAGCACGACAAGGCGAUGGCGAUGGGCGUGAUCCAGUUCGCCAUCGGCGUGUUCGGCAACGUGCCGUGCCCCAUCGUGUUCGGCGCGGCCGUGGACGCCGCGUGCCGCCUGCGGGACUACGCGUGCGGCGAGCUCGGCGCCUGCGUCUUCUACGACACGCACUCCUUCAGAUACUUCUACUUGGGCCUCUCGGCAGCGAUCAUGUUCCUCGCCUUCAUAAUGGACCUGCUGGUGUGGAGUAAGGCGGGGCGCAUCGACAUGAACCCCAGCGAGGCGGGCGGCCCCCCCCUCCCCGCACUGGCGGCCUCACCCCCCGCGCCGCCCUCGCCGGACCACGUGCUGCUCGCAGCGCCCACCGACACGCAGCUGUGACGUCACUGUUCAUACGAGUCGCACUUCUAGUGGUGGCCGUAUCGAUAACGUAUGUUUUAUGAUACUUUCUACUUUCAACUAGUGAUGAGCGAAGUCGGUCACAUCGACAUAGCAUUGCCCCGCGACUCCCUCCCCGGACCACGUGGCUGUAUGACGUGCACCUGUGACGUCACUGUUUGUAAGCAUUUCAUCUGUUUACCUUAUCAUUUAUAUUGUUGGUUAUCUAUAUCCUAUUAGUGCAUUAUUUGAACAAAUAUAUUUUAUUAUACACAAUAUUAAUAUGAUUUUUAAAAUAAUUAAUCGACAUUAUUUGUUAAUUUUAAAGGUUUUAUUCAUCAAUUUUGCUACACAGAAUCGACAAAAUUUGUCUUCAAAAAAUUUAGAUAAGAUUCAGGAUAUAGAAACCAAUAAAAAUCGAUAUCCAAUGUUUCGGUACAUUUCCACUUCUCAUGUUUUAAAUUGUCUUUGUCGAUAACUCGUUACUAAAACAAACGGCUAGCAAGAAUAGCUUAGAAAGUACAAUAAUAUUAUUUAUAUCACAAAACCAUGAUGCGAUAUUCGAAAUAAACGACCAAACUCUAUAACAAUAUAUAUUGUAUAAUUUAAUAUCGAUAUUUUUAUCGAUUCAUUAUUCGCCUAUAGUAAAAUAUUUAAUCGAUAUGUGCUGUAUGUACUGCUCAAUAUAACACGCAUAAUAAUAAUGAAUUUAGAUACAUUUUUUUAAUGUAUAGAAGUAUAUACUUUUAAAUAAAAUACUAAGUAAUAUAAAUUUUAAAUAUACAUAGGUUAUAUUAUUAUGUUUGUGUGACUACGAAGUAUCGAUCAUGUGCUACUUUUAAAUAUCGAUAAUCUUAAAAGCAAAAUUAAACUCAAUUAGGAAAAUUUUUCGAGAGUAGCAUCGUAAAUAUUUUAAUGGAAACGAUUUAUUCGAUCUAUUUUUUUUCUUUUUCUUUAAUAAGAUUCGCUUUAAAACGAAAUCAUCACGAUACCUAUUAUUAUUAGUAUAAUGAUAGUUUUUGCUGUUAUUAUAUUGUGGUUUUACAUAUUUCGUAGUGAAAAAUUUUACUCUGGGACUGAGUUGUUUUGUUUUUAAUGUUAGUUUUAUGUUGUGUUUCAAUGUCAAACCUCAUUAUAGGAACAAAUAUUUCAUCGCGCUUAUUCGGUAGACUGACCGACGUAUUAAAUGUCGUCCUUAUAACAACAUCAAAAUUGUUAUUCUACAAGAUUUUAUUAGAAAUUGUCGUUAGCGCGAUUCAGAUCUUUACCGAAUUUCAUUUAAGGGAUUGAAAAAAAAAAUUACCUUUAACAUCUGAAACUUAACAUUGUCUUUCUGAAUGCCCCGUUUUUGAAUAUGAAAACAAUUUUUGAAGGAGUUUUAUGCAAUAACAUUUACUAUUGUAAGCAAUGUCUGUCUUAAUAGAGUUAUGUUUAUUGAGAGACAUUAAUAUACAUAACCUUAAACGUAGUGUUACACUGAAUCGAGAAAUCGAAAGUCGUUCAACACGAACAAAUCCAAAGAAAAUGUUUAUGGUUUAUGAUAAUUUAAUUCAUAUAAAUACUGUAGAAAAUGCGACAAAUACACGAAUUUAUUUCUAAAGUGAUAAAAGCAAAAGUAGAUUUCGUAACAAGAUACUACUAGACAAUACAAGUACUAUCAUAUUUUUACUGGUGGUAGGACCUUUUGUGAGUCCGUGCGGGUGGGUACCACCGCCCUGCCUAUUCCUGCCGUGAAGCAGUAAUGCGUUUCGGUUUGAAGGGUAGGGCAGCCGUUGUAACUUACUUGAGACCUUAGAACUUAUAUCUCAAGGUGGGUGGCGCUUUUACGUUGUGGGAUGUCAUGGGCUCCAGUAACCACUUAACACCAGGUGGUCUGUGAGCUCGUCCACCCAUCUAAGCAAUAAAAAAAAAUAUCAGUUUUGUUGAAUACAUAACAAUGUUUAUGAAAUUUAUAAAAGAACUUCUUAUAAGGUCAAACGCAAUGGUUCAAAAUGAUACUUAUAUAGUAAAUGACUUAAACGGUGAUGGCAUUUGUUCAUCUGCGUCUAAAAUAAUUACCCGUGAUAAAUAGAUAGUAGUUGAUCCUGGUCGUAACCACACCUAAAACUAGAUGAUUUCCUUAAUUGCUUUUUAUCUGGGCCUAUAGUGAAACAGUUCAGAUGUCUCUAUAAAAAAACUAUUAAUGUUCGUUAAAUGAUAAAAAUGUUGACACAUCGAUAUCAGCCAUAGAGAUGUUCGUAAUUUCUUUUCAGUGUAACAACUACUCUAUUCUACUUCUAUUAUUGCGAAUUACAUGGCUAGUGAUUAGACGUUUAUUGUUAGUUAUUAGUAAUUUUUUUUUUUUACAAAUUUAUUAUACGAAAUAAUAAUUACUAUUAUUCAAUGUAAAUAAUAUUAUAAUGUUACAAAUAAUAUAUAUUUAAGUAAAAACACUAUAAUCACAUUUUAAUGUUACGUUUUAGCUUUUUUAUUUAGGGUUUUUAUUUUUAAUUUUAAUGUUAUUAUAAUACCACUGUCGUUUUAUUUAGUUGAUCAUUUUAAGUGAAACGAAUACAAGGCUGGGCCAUGUGUAAAAGUUUUAGUUAGCUUAUUUAGAGCUUUUAUAUUGAGUUUAUCGAUAAAAUUAGAAAACAUUAUUUUAAACAUGCCUCGUUUACAUUUUUGUUAAGUUUUAGUAUUAGUAAUUGAAUUUGAAUGAUGGUAGGACGUCUUGUGAGUCUGCGCGGGUAGGUACAACCCCCCUAUUUUCUGCCGUGAAGCAGUAAUGCGUUGCAGUUAGAGAGGUGAGGUAGACGUUGUAAUGUAAAAAUUGAGAUUUAGAAUUCAUGUCUCAAGUUGGGUGGUGGCAUUCAUGUUGUUGAUGUCUAUAGACCACAGUAACCACUCAACACUAAGUGGGCCGUGAGCUCUUCCAUCCAUUUAAGCAAUAAAAGAAAUCAAUAUAAAUAAAAAACAUUCUAAGUUUUAAUUAUUCGUUAUUAUCUAUUUAAACAAUUUAUCACUAAUGUCACUGUAAAAACUUGUCAAUUGUAAAAUAUUUCACACAUAUAAUAGCCGGCAAACUUCUUGAGCAUUUGUUGACGUAGUGGGGGUAAGUUUGCGCAUGGUACACUCACGUGCAAAAACAUUAUUUACUCUGCGUCAUAAUGCAAUUAAAUUAUUAAAAUCAACAUAUGUAUUUAUUUUUAUAUUUAUUAGAACAUCAACAAAAAAUAUAGGUUAAUAAUUGUAAUAAGUUUAAUCUUGGGGUAAAAUAGAUAUUCCUUCUAUUAAGUCAAAACUAGAGCUGUUGCCAGGUCUUCGUUCAGUAGAAGCGAAGCUGGUAUUUGUAAUUUUUUUUUUCGUUAUCAUAAUCUUGACCAUUAUCAUCAUCACUGUUUUCAUCACCCGAGUCGCCAUCAUCGUGAUAAGUCGACAUAGGGCUCAUCGGUGUAGUUUACGACUCGGUCGGUUCGAUCUUCUUUUUUGUCUAUAAUUUAUUAUUUUUUGAAGAUAUUCGAUUCGUAGUAAUCGAUAUUACUUUUUUCAAUUAUCAGCUUCCGAUUAUUUUCUGUUUUUUUUUCAUCUGAAGCCUAGCUCUUUCAUAAUUCGUCGUAAACUUCAUUCCGAGCCAUUAAAAUGUAUAUCUUCUUUAAAAUUUUCGAAGUCUUUCUACGGUACGGAGUUUCGCUGCUUGUUAUGUAGUUAUUAUGAUUACAUCUUUUUAUUACAGAUUGAACGAAACUAUCCAUUCCGGUAACUUUCUUCUUCCCUGAUCUUUUCACGAGGAGCAAGCCAGAGCCUUUAGCUUCGUUAAUAAUGCACCUAACAGUACUCACUGAUGUUUUUGUUGCUUCCGAAGUCUGUUUUACUUUUUCCAUAAUAUCAUUCUUCCCCUGUUUUAUAAUGAAGCAAUAUACGUCGUACACAAUUUUUCUACCCUUUCUUUUGAAUACUACACCAGUUUGUCGCGGCAUAGUGUAUUUUUUAUAAAAAAUCAACAAACACUCAACAAAUAGCAAUGGCAACAAAGUCAACAAGCAAUUAUAACAAAAUUUAUUAACGAUUAAUAACGAUAGACUUUUCACUGUACGCAAGCGUACUUUUGGGAGCAAGCGGAACGAGGGCGCGUUGCGGGACGCAAGGUUCGACUGAUCUACCAAUAACGCGCUCGAUACGAUUUCCCCUGCCGUCGCGCCUCACCCUCACCACCAAAGUGAUCUAAAAUUCGGUUCUGCGCAGUCAAGGUCAUUUGCUCACGAUGUUUGCCGGUUACUAUACCUGUUUUUGAAAUAGAGUGAAACAAAAUUCCUUUUAUUUCAUUUUUACGUCGUUUUUUGUGUCACAGUAAGAAAUAUGCAUCAGCUUUUAUUGUCGAACCGCAUUUUCACAUUUCACACAGUAUAAUAACACAAUGAUAAUAAAAAAAGUUUUCUUUAAAAUAAUGUAAACGAGUCAUAAUAUUCGAAGCAUCACACAUAAACACGAUAUCUGUGAUGUUAUGUUAUUUGUGUGUGUGUGGUUUUACUUUAAAUAUGUAGGUAAAUAAAAUAUGCAAGAAAAUAUUAUUAUAAAUAUAUUAUUUCAAUUGUAUGUUAGAUUUUUAUUAUUUUGUAAUCGCCAUUUAUAUAAAAUGGCGUCAGAAUAUUCGUAUAGUAUAAAGUGUUAUACACAAUUAUGUAUACAUGAAUUAUAUUUAAAAAUAAUAUGCUAAAUUGUACAAUUUACGCAGCUUGACCCAAAAAAUAUUUAGCGACUUAUUUGGCACUUUAUGUCUGUGACGGACUAUGAGGUUUUAAAAAAAAUAAAAUAAAAAAACAUGUUUUAUACAUAGACAUGGAAAUUAUAUUAUGUUAAAAAUAAUGUCGAUUUGAAUUUGGAUAUGUUUUUUUUUUGAAAUGGUUUACUCAAUAUUUAAACAAAUAAGGCCAGUUAUACACUUUGAAGUAACAUAGUAUGUUGAAUUUAUAUGUUUACAUGUUUUAUACAUAGUUAUGACCGCAAUAUUAAAAAGUAUAUAUACGUUCCUUAAUUUCGUAAACAGUGCAUUAUAUUGGAGUGCAAUUAUUUUGUUUAAAAAAAAUAUAUCUUAGCGUAAACGUCUCGGGAGCGAUCAUGUUUAUAAUCGCCAUGUUUUAUUAGAAUUAGAAUAACCAAUAUUGAUGAUUUUAUAAUUUAUCUGUGCUCUUUUUAAUUAUCAACAUUGCAAUAUUGUUUAAUAAUGAUCUAUGGAUUUAUAUAAGAUAAUGAUAUUAAGUAUUGAGGAUGUUUAUUGUCUUUAUUUUUGUUGUAACAUUAUCUUAAAUUGUCCCGUUGUCUUUAAUAUAAAAAAUACAUUUUAUACAGGUAUAAAUUAGAACAAUUUCAGCGUGUUUAAUAAUAAUUAAUGAUUAUUUGUUGUAUUCGUGUAUACAUUUUAGUUAAAUAAUUAUUUGAACAGUAUAUAUAACAUUUAUGCUAUGUUGUUGUUUAAAAGUAUCUUUAUAUAUAUAUUUAAUUUUUAAAUGAUUGUUUCACUUCACAAUAUGGUAGCUUAGAAUAUUGUUGUUUUUAUUAUGUGUGUUUGAAAUGAAGUAAGUUUUAGAUUUUAUAAUCAAAUGUAAUGUAAAUUACGUCUUUUUUAAUAGUGAACACAAUUUUACUAGUCUACGUUAUAGUUUAUAGUUUAAUAAUACCUCUGGAAUUUAGGAAUAAUAAUAAUAAAACAAUAAUAAUGAAACUUCAAUGUUAUUUGAAUAAAUUUUUACAAUCUU